CGGACCAAUGGUAGCCGGGGGUCGGGGGUGAGGCGCCGUAGCGGGGUCAGGAAGCCGGGAAAGAACGGCCUGGUGCAGAGGCCACCGAUCGGAGCAUCCGCGCGUCCUGUGAGAGGGCGAGCGGCGGCUGAGACUUAGACCCGUCCCUCCUCUACAGAGCUCUUAAGCUUGCUGGCAGAAUAGAAGCAAAUUAAAUUGAACACUCAUCCACCCUCAGCUCAGAACAAAGGACGACAUGGAGCUUUGAAGGUGAAAGUAGCAUGGUGUCGGCCAUGGGUCAUCAGGACACAGCCGGACAAUGUGGACCACUUUCUUCAAACUACGAGUCUUCUGCUGUCUGUUUGCAGUGCUAAUGGUGGCAGUGUUGGUCGUCAAUGUCACUCAGGUGGAGUACUUGGACCAUGAGACUCUCUCAGGGACAUUCAUCGACAGCAGUGGACAGUUUGUUUCCUCGCAGGCCACAGGCCUCAUCCGGAAUCCGUACUGUGGUUAUGAACACCAGACCCUGUCCAGUCAGGAGCGCUUAGAAGAGGAUGCAUUGCUUGCCGCCUCAAAGUGGCAGGUGCCCGAUGCGGACCUGGUCCCUUUUGUGAAGAGCACCGACCCUGCCUCCAGCUACUUUGUCAUCUUGAAUUCUGCAGCCCUCUUCAAGGUGGGGAGCCAGCUGGAGGUGUUGGUUCACGUGCACGAUUUCCAAGGCAAGCCCAAGAAGUAUGGCGGAGACUACCUGCAGGCCCGAAUUCACUCGCCAAAACUGCAGGCGGGGGCUGUGGGCAGAGUGGUAGACUACCAGAAUGGCUUUUACAAAGUGUUUUUUACCCUGCUCUGGCCUGGCAGAGUUAGAGUGUCCAUAUCUCUGGUUCACCCCAGCGAAGGGAUUAGAGUUCUUCAGUACCUGCAGGAAGCCAAACCAGACAGGGUCUAUUUCAAGAGUCUCUUCCGCUCCGGAAGGAUUUCGGAAACAAUGAAGUGCAACGUGUGUCUCCCGGGAAGUCUUCCCCUGUGCAACUUUACAGACCUCUACACCGGGGAGCCCUGGUUCUGCUUCAAACCAAAGAAGCUGCCCUGCAGCAGCAGAAUCAACCACUUCAAGGGCGGCUACACGAAGGGUCUUCUCACUGCUGCCGACAGUGCUUUCUUUCAGAGAAUAUCGGGAGAUGGCUCAGCACAUGCUUGUUGUGAAAACUUGACACAUGAGUUCCGUCCGUUCUUUGAAUCCACAUAAAAAGCCCUCCAUAGCACAUAUCUGUAAUCCCAGCACUCCUGUGGCAAGGUGGGAGGCAGAAAUAGGAGAAUUGUCCAGAAGCUUGCAAACCAACUGGCCUGGAGUAUGUGACACGGCAGAAACAAGAGAGGCCCUACCUCAACAAAGCGGGAGGCAAGAACCAACUCUGAAAGAGUAGCUCUCUGCACCCACUCCACCCUAUGGCACUGUGUACUCAACUCCCUGCCCCCCCUACCCCAGAACAAAGGUAUUGAGGGCUAGUCACUGGUGCUUGAGGGUCGGGUGGAGCUAAAAUUUUGAAGAAACAGAAAAAUCAGCUUUUAAGUAUUAGAAAUGUUUAUCUAUAGUAAAAGACUAUGGACAUGGCAGUAUUACUGAGGUAACUUAGAAUAGAAUCAAGGCGUUCCAGAGCAAACUCUGCAUGUUAACAGCUGUGGAAAGUAUUAUGGUAUUGUGCUGAAAUAUCUACUUUGAACAUGAAACAGAAUCGUUUUUCAGCACAGUCAGUAUGGGUGGUAAUGGGCAGGGUGAAAAAUAUAGAAUCAGUCUGAAUGAAAAUCUGUGUUUUCUUCAACAUUGCAUGUAAUUCUGAAGUGAAAUAACAGUACUGGGGAAAGUUAUGUAGGAAAACUAUGGCCGACAAUAGCUAACUAAAUACUUAAAAAAAUAACUGAAUGGCGUUUAAUGUUUCCAGCAUAAACAAGUGGUUAAUAUUUGCGAUGAUGAUGUCAUUUUCCCUUUUCUAAUUAUUAUAUAUAAGCAUGCAUUAAAGUCUGUAGUGGCAUCUUGCUUUGCCAGUGGCCACACUCUAUGGGUGUGGUUUCAGGUGUGUAGGUAGCCCUGACCCCAGAGGAGGUGCUGGCUUGCUCUCUUGGGUUGCAGUGAGAGCAUUGGAAGGUCAGAGACUUCAUCUUCUAGAGCAGGAAGACUGUGGCAGUUAUUUACUAUUAUUUGUGUAAGUGCUUCCCUAAUAAAUACCAAUUUAUUAUUUAUCUUGGGUCUGGUGGACUGAUUUAAACCCCACCUUCAAAAGCCAUGUUGUAAGAGUUUAUAAUUACUAAGUGACAAAAAAACAACAAAAAACAAAAACAAAGAAGAAAUGAAGUUAUAAAAAUACCUGGCCCCAAAGCACAAUCAUUUAGAAGAAUGUAUAAACCUAUAUUUUAAGAAGUUUAAAAGACUUAUUUUUUUGUGUGUAUGAGUGUUUUGCCUGCAUGUAUUUAUGUAUGUACACCAUGUGCAUGCUUGGUGUCUG